AUGCUCGGUUUACUAAGACCUACCGUGAGACUUGUCAGCUUGAAACAAUUCAGAUUGGCCUCGACUUCAUCUUUAUCGCAGGCUUCUAUUACUCAUCUUGAGAAGAGAUGGGAGAAGUUACCAGAUGUUGAUAGAAAAUCAUUGAUUUCAUCUUUGUCCGAGAGACAAAAGCUACCAUGGAAUCAACUAAGCCAGACUGAGAAGAGGGCUGCAUACUAUGUGUCUUUCGGAGAGUGGGGACCUAGAAAGCCUCUAUACACUAAGGAGAGUAAGGCCACUAUCUUCUGGGCUACUACUCUAGGCAUCACUGCUUGUGUCGGUCUUUACUGGACCUUCAGACACUUCAGAAAUGUUCCUGUCACAAUGAACAGAGAAUGGCAAGAGAAGAGUGAUGAGUAUUUAAAGUCCAAGAAUGCCAAUCCAUUCCACGGCUAUUCUCAGGUUCAAUCCAAAUAA